AUGUUUUCUAUGCUACUAGAGCUAGCCUACUAGGCCAUGAUAGAACAUAUAUUAGUUGAAUCACCAAAUUUUGUUAGGGAUUUUACAUACAAAUGCAUCUAAAUGUUUGGGUUGUAGAUUUGUCAAUGGAUUGCAGGCUUAGUCUUUUGUAACAUUGGAGAGAAUAACUGAAUAAGACAAUAAUGGGAUGGGUAUCUCUAUGUGGGAUGCCUAGACGUUUGAUAUGCUGACUACUGAACUGAAAAUGAUGUAUAAUUGAUUUUCUAGGUGGGAUAUUCAUCACCUGCUCAGACUGGAAUCAUGGAUGACCUGGGUCUUACAGUGGCAGAGUACUCACUUUUUGGUUCAAUAUUGACAAUUGGAGCAAUGAUGGGUGCAAUAGUGAGUGGCCAAAUAGCAGAUUACAUAGGUAGAAGAGGUACAAUGGGCUUUUCAGAGAUAUUCUGCCUGGCAAGGUGGCUAGCCAUAGCAUUCUCAAAGGUUUUGAAUCCCAUCUCUCUGUUUUAUGCAGUUCCAAACAUCAAUGUUAAUGUUACAUGCAUGACAACCCCUACAUUUUAUCUGAAAAGAUGUUUACAUAAGGAUAAUGGAAAUCAUUGAGGCAGCAUCACAAUUUUGUAGUUGCUCUUACAUAAAACUAAAGUUUAGAUGAUCAUCCAUGAUCUGGAACAACUAUGUCACAAAAUUGUUUCAGGAAUUAAUUUGUCGUAAGUAUAUAUAUUUUAUCCUAGCUUCA